CAGCAGCCGCCUUGGUCAGGUUGUCACCGUUAUUUCCACACGCAUGCGCCAUGUUACCCUCUUUCCUGCCCGAAGGUGCCUUCGUCUUGCUGGGCUUUAAUACCUGUUAGAAUGGCGAUCUAACUAACGGGAUUUCUGCGUUUCAGCGGGAGAGAGAAGUUAGGUUAGCGGAGCGGGAGAUUGAAGGAUGCCCCGGGCCUUUAUGGUGAAGAAGGUGAGCGUUUCACCUGGAAAGCGGAACUGGAGCCAGCUGCCGGACCACGAACGGGGAGAGAUCUACGUGCCGGGUCUGCCCCAUGGCAUCGAACAAUCUGAGGCCAGUCCGGCGGAGUCGACGUGGCGCGAGAGCCACGACAAGCACACGCAGAUACGCGAAUGCGACCUGCGCUUGCAGGCGGCCGAGUUACCCGCGUGCAGCGCCCUCGGUCAGCGAGCUCCGGGGCACGAGGAUGGCACUGGCAGCCAAGAAGUCUUCCUCCGUACCAAGAUCAAGGUCACCACGGGCAAGCUGCCCGUCACAGAGACGCCGUCUCCCGCCCCGGCCGCCUUGGCUUCAUCUCCAGCCGGGACGCCUGCGCUCGUCUGUCAGGUGUGCCACAAGGGCUUCCAGCAACAGCGUAUGCUGAAGCGGCACCUCAAAUGCCACAGCGACAUCAAGAGGCACCCGUGCAGUUAUUGCGGCAAGGGUUUCAAUGACACCUUUGACCUGAAGAGGCACAUCCGCACGCAUACCGGCGUGAGGCCCUACAAAUGCAGCCAGUGUGAGAAGGGCUUCACCCAGCGCUGCUCGCUGGAGUCCCACAUGAAGAAGAUCCACGGCGUGGCGCAGCCGUACGCUUACAAGGAGCGCCGUAGCAAGCUGUACGUCUGCGAGGAAUGCGGCCAUACCGCCAACGCGCGGGAGGCUCUGCGGCGCCAUCUGGAAACCACGCACUCUAGCGCCGCCCUACUGGCGAAACCAGGUGCCCCUGCAGUUUCUGGUAGGGAAGACGAGGAGGAGAGGGGUCUUUCUUGGCUCCCUGAACUCCCUAAAUGGCCGUGCUAAGGUCCAGAAGGAAAGAAAGGGUUAAAUGAAGAAAAAAAAUGACAAUAUGGUAACAAGCUGUUACUGAAGAAACCCAGGGAAGAGGAGCGUUUGGCGAUGUGCCGAGGAACACCUGUGACGAUGUGAACUCAAUGUGACACUUGUUAAGCAUGAACCAGUAAGGACUGUAGAUAUGCUCAGAAAGAUCUGGAAGCUCAGAAAUGUCUGCAAGUCAUAAAAUCCCUCAAAGUGCCCUCGAUACUCUAUUACAGUUUGGUUCUGCUGAGUUGUUAUUGCAGCACAAAUGCAGCUUCCCUUGGGAGCACGGGGCCUGCUCUGCUCUGCCUGCACUGGUGCAUCCUGUUAACUGGCCCCUGACCAAUAUUUGGUCACUAUAUGAACACCUAUAUGAUUCGGUUACCCUGUAGCCUGGAUCUAUCUGAAGUGAGGGAUUAGAUGCCGUGGAAAUGUUAGACCAGCAUAUCAUUUGCUUAGGACAAGGAGGGAAUCGCUGGCCGGAUGAAAUCCAAGGUCGCGUGUCUCAUAACAAGCACGUGUCCCAACUGAUUAAUAAAACCCAUUAACGGCGACGGCAAGGAUUCUGGCUAUUUUAAUGUUCGUUAAUAAAGUCUUGAACUGGAUUAAGCUGCGAUCAGACACAGUGUGUCUCACACUUCGGGAAGCCUGUAUUGUGCGUUGCGUUUAAUUUCCUGUUUUCGUAAUUGACCCGUUCCGUAAAAAAAUAUCCAGCUCUAUAGAGAGUCAAACUGUGGGCAAAAGUCGAGCUGCUUUGAAUAAAUUGAGUUUUUACUUUGAAGAGACAACAACCAACCCGUUUCUGGGGGGUCAUGCAGCUUCUGGGUGUGUGUAACUGAGAUGGCUUUUUUGGGGAAAGUUAGCCGGCCCAGAUUAACGGCGAUCCUGCUGAUUGCAUUAAAUAUACCAAGGGCCGAGAAAUUAAUUUUUGAUUAUGCUGGUGUAACUGUAUUCUACGAUUUUUUUUUUUUAAUCUUUGAAGGAAACAUGGCAAUUAAGCCCCGUUAGCUUUUGAAUAUACCUCAGUCCGUUACUGUGUCUUUCCUGCUGACAGCCUUAACCUAAAAUGACUGUGUGUACUUCAGACAAACAAAAACUGUAUACAUGUAUAUGAAUGAUUUUUUUUUUGUAUCCCAAUGUUUAGUACUAUAUGAUUCUUUUUUAUAGAUGAAUAUAUCUUCUUUCGUAAAGGCGUUAUGGCCUCGAUAUCUUAUUUUGGUAUUUUAGCCCAACGGGAGGUUUUUGAUGUAACACUAAGUGGAAAUAGCUGGCAUUUUCUUAAUGUUCAGUCUCGGUACCUCGCACGGUUUGUCUUUUCCUGGUUCAUCCCAGCACUUUCUCCACAUGUAAGAUGUCGAUGAUGUAUAACACUUUUUAUUAUCGUAAUAUUUGUGAUUCAACAUACUGAAAAUACGGUGAUCCAUGCAUUUUCUACGGAAAAUAAAUU